AUGCAGACUGCUUCUACAAACUUUUGUGAAAGACUGUUCAAUAAAUCCAUCCGGGAAAUUUCCCUGCUAUUAAAUAUUCCACGGUCAACUGUUAGUGGUAUUAUAACAAAGUGGAAGCAACUGGGAAGAACAGCAACUCAGCCACAAAGUGGUAGGCCACUUAAAAUGACAGAGCAGGGUCAGCACAUGCUGAAGCUCACAAUGUGCAGAAGUCGCCAACUGUCUGCAGAGUCCAUAUCUAAAGACCUCCAAACUUCAGAUUAGCACAACAACCGUGCCUAGAGAGGUUCAUGGAAUGGGUUUCCAUGGCCGAGUAGCUGCAUUCAAG